UAUAACCCGUGGCUUAACAUGCUUACUUUGGAAGGUCCGUGGGAAUGAUAGCAGAAAUAAGAUACUGUAGGUAUAUUGUACUUGGCUGGUAGUGCUGCAAAACUUGCAUACUGUGGAAUAAAAGAAGGUCAUGAGGACAGAGUGUUUUAGUAAGCUGGAGACCCUCAAGUCAAGUCAAAGGAGGGCCCAGUCAAAGCACACUAUAAGUCUGAUUCAGACAUGAACAAGUAGCUGGAUUAUCUGAGGUACACAGAAAAAUGGGAAUAUCUUUAGAAGAGUAUUUUUCUUCCUUGGAUCCCAAGACAUUGCCACGUAUAAUACAGGUUCUGUCAGGAAUUUAUUUUCAAGGUUCUAUAUAUGAAAUGUAUGGCAAUGAAUGCUGCAUACCAACUGGAGAAGUGAUAAAGAUCAUUGGAAUCAAAAUCUCUAGCAUCAUAGCAGAGGCCUGUGAACAAAAUGAACAAGGGCAACACACCACAAAAAUCCAUCUGUCUCUCGAUUAUCCUGGACUUUUUACAAUCAAUGCUGAUAAAGCACCAUAUCACACAGUAGAAGAAAUUAUAAAAUCAUUUCCUAUUGGGCCACAUCGUCUGGGUCAUCCUCAGUUUGAAGUUCUUUCUGACCUGAUGCUGGAUAACUUUUCCAUAAAAUCUGGAGAGGCUAUUACAUUCAAAUCAGUUGAAGAUAUUGAUGGUGAACAGUUUGUGAACUGUGAGGUGGUACGAGACAAAAGUCCUCACUCAUUCAUUUUACCCCUGUCUAUACAAGGUGACUUUUUUGAGUGUGAAGAUGACCAGUUCUAUACAGUCAAGGAGAUACUCGAGUGGAAAACUCCCAAAGGCAGAAUGCGUGAGUUGACCCUGGCAAAGGUCUUAAGCAAUACGAACUUGGAUUGUAAUCCUUUCCCAGAAAAUUUUAAAGGCAGCCUCACUCUGACACCCAUUUAUGUAAUCCAAGCUGUAAUGAAAUUUAGAAAAGACAUUGUACAAAUCCCAUUAAACCUUGAUGUGGAAGUCAUAGAUGUAACAGAUCAGUAUGACAUCACCUCCUUUGUACAGUGUAUAUCUUUGCAAGAUUUGAUUCAAAGACCUAUUGCACAAAUGCCAACUGUUGCAGAGAUAAUAGAGGGGUCUGACUCAAGUCAGACUGCAUACAGCUUCUUGAAACGUGGCAAACAAAUAAUAAUUCACAGUGGUUAUCAAGGCAAGAGAAUUCUAGCAUCUGAAAUCAGAAGUGACUUACAUAAAAGACACUUUCUAAUUCCUUUUAGCUACCAAGGGAAGUUUAAAAGACGACCCAGGGAGUUUCUAACAGCAUAUGACCUAGACAUUGCUAAAAGUAAAGGAGAACAGUUGCACGCUGUGGCCACAAAGUCAUUCACAGCACCACAUUCUGAACUAUCUACAGUUUUUGUUGGAGAUCAGUUUCUGGUUCAAGAAGAACAGCAGCCUGAGAUCAGUGAAGUGACCUAUCAAGGCACUAAGAAGAAAAUGACAGUAUUGCCUUGUGAACAAAUUGUGGCAGAUGGGUACAAGAAGGCACUACUGCCAGUUUACAUGGAAGGAGGGUUUGUAGAAAUAAUUCAUGACAAGAAACAGUACUACCUUUCUGAAAUACAGGGGAAGUUCCAGUUGCCCUUUAAUGUGAAAGUUUCUGUUAGGGACCUUUCAGUUGAAGAGGACAUCUUGGCAGGAUUGCCUGGCCUACGAUUGGAGGAAGAAAUUACAGAGUCAUAUGUUCUUGUCAGUUUUGUUAACAACGCAACAGAAUACUGGGAAAUCCCAGUCAACAGAGUCACAUUGUCUCUUCAGCUUCUCAAUCAACAACCAGUGCAGUGUAUGGCACCUUCAGUACAUACAGUCAUUGAGGAAAUCAGUGAAGAUGCAUAUUAUAUGCUGCGGAGGUAUGAAAAUUCUGCCCUCUACCCACCACCUCGUCCUCCAAAAAGACCUCCACCACCUCCACCCAAACCAAACAACCUGUUACUGUCAGAUAAAAAGAAGCUAGACCCACCAAAGUCACCAAAGGUGAGGCAUUACUGA